GAAUGCGUAGAAGAGUUUGGUUUAUUUCCCUUAGUUCCCAUUGUGAUGGAAGGAAGGAUUAUUAAUCUUCCUUUAAUACUACUAAUAAGUUAUUUAACAAUCAAUUUAAUAACAUUAGGAAAUACGCAAUUCUUUAUGGGGCAAUCAUUGCAGGACACGAUUGACAAAGCACAGAGUGAAGCAAUGAAUGUAACUAGCAGAGAAGAAAGUUCAUCCGGUAACAGGAGAAAUGAUUUGAACUUGUUUCAAAGCGAUGGCAAUUAUUAUAAGAGGAGACAAAAAAACAAGGCAGGUGGUAAACGCUAUGAAGGUCUUUUCUAUUCUCGUGGUUAUUCAAUAUCCGGUGAUAUUGAUUCAGAAACCACUACAUUUCAGUAUGGUGGUAAAAUCACAAAAUAUGGUAAACGUAGUCGAAAGUAUUCUAACAGAGAUACAAUUGGAAGUUCGGACCGAUAUGCUAGUUCAUAUAUUAAAGAUGACUUUAAGAUAAGGGCUAAAUCAAAGAAAAAAUAUGCAAAAGAUUAUAAUGGAAUAUCUGAAAUGACAGGGAGGGAUAUGCAAUUCUCUGGUAUUCAGGAUACUAAUGGAAAUAAAAGAGAAACAAAAACUGAUGCAGAAAGAACAUCGAGAGAAUCGCGAAACAAAACUGAAGAAUUUAGACGCUUUAAUACGAAUUAGUGGAUACAAAUGUAGUAAAUCAUCAGAUGUGAUAAAUAUGUUUUAUUCCACAUGGAAUCAAAUUUAUUUAUGUAUAAAAUAAUGUCAAACACUAUUGUGAAACGUGGUAAACAACAUAUACACAUAUAUCAGAAUAUAUUUCAAGUAAUAUCAU